GUGAGAGCUAACUUUUUCCCUCGUCAAGAGGUAGGCAAGCCUACAGGCAGGCAGGAAUCGGCCGAGUGCGAACAGGUUUUGCAGAGCUUGGGUGGAGUCCGCUGUGAUGGCAGGAAUGUGAUCUUGGACUUCGUAUGGGAGAAGUGGGAACGGGCACUGGAUACUACACCGGAGUUCGCGAAGCGACUGUAAUCAAAACGAUUAGGCCUACCUCUCACAGUCCUGUGCCUCAGUGCCCACAAUGCCUCAUCGGUCUCAGAGUUCGUCUGUGGGGGAGAAUCCCUUGGAUCCAAACUACCUCCCCCCCCACUACCGUGAGGAGUACCGGUUGGCCAUUGAUGCCCUUGUGGAAAAUGGUGUGGAAGGCUACUACGAAUUCCUGCAGAGCGCCAAUGUGGUUGACUUCCUGUGCCAGUCAGAGGUGGAGCAUAUCAAGCACACCGUGCAGUCACCAGAGACCCAGCAGGCCCCCAGCGGAUCUUUACCCCAGCUGACGUAUCACCAAGCAGACCAAGAUGGCUCCUCUGACACCUACUGGCCGAUGCAUUCUGACCUUGACGCUCCAGGUCUGGACCUGGGCUGGCCACAGCACUCAUUUGUAGGCCCUACAGAGGUCACAACCCUAGUGAACCCUUCUGAUCCUGAAAUGCCAAGCAUCAAGGAGCAGGCACGGCGGCUCAUAAAACAUGCUGGGCAGGUCAUUGCUGUGGUAAUGGACGUGUUCACUGACAUUGACCUCUUUGCUGAUCUCCUGGAUGCGGCUGCACGUGGCGUACCUGUCUACAUCCUUUUAGAUGAACAGAAUUCUCACCACUUUGUUUCUAUGGUGACAAGCUGCAAAGUUAACCUAGAGAUGAUUCAUAUGAUGCGUGUACGGACAGUAUCAGGUGUCACAUACUUCUGCCGGACAGGAAAGUCAUUUAAAGGUCAGGUGACGGACCGUUUCCUGCUGACUGACUGCAGAGCUGUGCUCAGUGGAAACUACAGCUUCAUGUGGUCUUUUGAGAAGAUCCAUCGGUGUAUUGCUCAUCUUUUCCUGGGGGAGUUGGUAGCCACCUUUGAUGAAGAGUUUCGGAUUCUUUUCGCCCAGUCAAAGCCCUUGGUAGUGGAAAAUGCACUAGUCCCUUCUGAUGGUAGCGGGCAUUUUGGUAACCAAUUUGGCAUGAAAAGGACUCAGUCCCUGCGUCUGCAACGUGGCUACUUUCGCCAGACAGAGCUUUCUGCGUAUUCAUUUGGGGACCGCAUGGAUUCCGGACUACCCUUUAGACGUGAGGAUCCCUUCCGUCACACAUUGGAGAUCGGUGCAGCAGGCCUGCAGAUGGGAAAGUACUCCUCACAGCAGUUCCGUAUGCAACAGGGCGUUGUGCAACAGGGUCGCUCCAUCAUGGCCUCCCAGCAGAUAGAGAGGAAUGCUUUCAAGAGGCACAGUUAUGCUGAGGGGACCCAGGAGAGCUACUCUUCCUCCCGCCUAUACAUGAAACAGCGUGUCAUGGGCAACCUGGACGAGAUGGAACAGCACCACCAGCGGGAGAAACACAUGUACCAGGCAGAGGGCUGUUAUGAGCAGCUCCGCAGCCGUGCUUUACAGCAGGACCAGCACUCUGACUCUGGGUACCUACCUGAGUUAGAGCCACCAUCUGACUAUAAUGUCCUUUCCUCCGAUGAUCUCAAAUCUGGACAUUCUCACCCACGUGCAGGGCACUAUGACCCAACAAGUCACAAAAGACCCACAGUAGGACAGGCAUAUGCAUGCCAGAAUUCCCCAACACAGACCAACCCGCCAGACCUAAAAAGGUUUCCUGGGGCUAAGCAAGAUCAUGACGCAAAGGACCCUGACGUAAAGCAGGGAAUGAGGGACUGGAGAAUUAGCUCUUACCUGAGUGCGUAUGAGGAUUCAGGGCAGGAGUGCUUAAAUGAACCUCUUGGGCCUGAUGCUUUCGAUGACGUCCAGCACCAUUCUGAUGAGAGGGGAUUUGAAAACAGGGAGCGUCCCAGCAACCCCCACAGGCCCAAACUGGACCUUCAUCCAAGAUUUGGUAAACCUAUCAUACAAGAGAGAAAAGGUUCUAAGGAUCUCAGCACAACUGACUAUGAGUCCAAGAUGAGGUCAACAGACUCUCUCUCGUCUUUGGGAACAGAGGGAGAGGAGAGGGAGACAAGGGAAUUGGGCCUCACCAAACAUGAAUCCUUCCGGUCAAGAAUCAACCCAAUGCUCCAAAGGAGCUCUCGUCUGCGGUCUUCACUUAUUUUCAGUUCUUCAACAUUAGAGACGCAUAAUACCUCAGGCACAACCAAAACCGAGAGAGAGAGUGACCUAAUAAAAACCUCCUCUGCAGUGGCUGAAAUCCUUGAGAAGAGGAGAUCUUUAUCGAGGGAGCCCUUUGACUGGAACAAGCACAAGAAGACACACGGUACUGAUUCAGACAGCAAAGCCGUUGCACCCACUGAUGAACCUAAUCAAGACCCCAAAGAGGAUGCAAAAGGAAACAAAGAGGAAGCUACCAUUACAUCCAUAGUGGAAGAGUCAGAAAACCCUGCAAAAUCAGAGGCUAAGCUGAACAUGAAUGAUCCUGAAAGCCGACUCUUGUACUUCAAGGAACUUGCAGCUAAACGAAAAGCAAAAACAGUUGAGUACACCACAGACAAAAGUAAUCAACCAGCACUGAAAAAGUCAGAUCUCCUCAACACAGAAGAAAAACUCACCAAAGCAGAACCACAGACAGACAAGCCUCCUGUGGCGACAUUAAAACCAAAACCUUCUGAGCUAAAUAUUGAGAAGCGGACCACAAACAGCACAACACAGAAAGAGGAAAACUCUGAGGUAAAGAAAGAUUCAGCAGGUGCAAAAACUUUGAAGCCCUUCCCCUCACCAAAGUUCUUUAAAAAGGACCCACUGAAGUCUUUUAAAUCCUCCUCCCUGUCACGACGUGUUUCGUGUGAUGAAGACAUGACAGAUGCCACGGAUGCAGAGAAGAGUGAAAUGAAAAAGUCACGAAGCCAGAGUUCAUCCAGCAUGUCUCGCUCUGAAUCACGUGAGAGUCUCAGCCUCACUCGCCAAGGCUCCAUCACCUCACUCAACACAGAGGGUAAAGAAACCAAAGCUCUUGACUUCCUCAAGAAACAGACACAGAGGCUCAAGGGUAUCCUUGGACCAAAGGGUGAUAAGAAGACAUCAGGAACAGUGACUUCUGACAGUAAGAGCAUGAAAACAGUUCCAGAAAUUAAAGAAGAGACGGCAGAUAAAAAGUCCUCAGACACUCUUCCAGAGAAUCAUAAGGCUACAACUAAACCAAGCCAAUCUCGGUAUCAAUCCUCCACAUCCAAUGUGAUCUUCAGCAGUAACCUGAGGGACGACACUAAAGUCAUCCUGGAGCAAAUCUCUGCCAACAGUCAGAAGAACCGAAUGGAACAGGCAAAACAGAUUGAUGCAGCUGGGAGAGAUGGGGGCAGUGGGGACACUGGCCCAAAAUCUGAUCUGGAGCAAGAGAACCCUCUCAAAUACCAUAGCAGAAACCGGUUUGCUCGACCUCCCACCAACCCCGAAGAGCGAGAAAACCUGCUGAAGAGAAUGGAGAGCAUGCGAAAAGAAAAGAAAGUGUACAGCCGGUUUGAGAUGGGGAAUAACUUGGGAUAGUAGAGCAGUGAGCUGCUACUAUUCAUCUGGAGACUCCUUACUUGGAUCUACCCCAAUGAUAACGUUUUAUUGUAACAACUAAUGAAGAUGAUACAAAUUUCAGUUGCAAAGAUCAACCAACUCUGGAUCUCUGUUCUGUAAGCAGACACUCAUCAGCACAACUGUGCUUGCAGUGUGUAGAAUGUUUGAGAUCAGAUACUACAUCCUGGCAGUGCCAACGAAAGUCUCUUUUCUCAACUCAACCUGGCCUUAUUUGGGAACAGGACUACUGUAUUGGACACAGCUUGGACUAGUGUGCAGUGCACAGAAAUUCAAUCCGGAACACAUGGACACGACAAACAAGCAUCAGUGACUGAAAUGUCUAUAUUCAAAAAUACUGGCUAUAAAAAAUGUCUACACGCACCAUGUAUAUGUACAUAUCCCCAACCACCACAGAACAAAGUUUACCCAGGUCACGUGCCAACAAAAACUGCUGUCAAAAAAAGCCAAAUAAGGCUGAAAAGUCUUUUAAAAUCUUUGGCAAAGCUAAACCAGAGAGAUGAAAAGAGAAAGAAUCAAUGAUGAAAGAGAAAGUGACGUAAUUGUAUGGGCAAGAGGUAGUGCAAGCACCGAGGUGCAGAAAAACAGUCAAUGACAUGUAAAUAUGGUGGUUAAUGAUAACAUAUUUUUUUUACAUUUGGAACAGUUGAACAGGACAGACAGAUUUGUGUUUGAACACAAGCACUGUACCUUGAUUUGUGGUUGUUAAUUAGAUAUACAUGUUUCUUAUUAGGGAAACCACUCAGGGAAAGGCCAUGCCCCAUCUAACCAGGCAACCUUCUAUCCAAAGGCACAACAUGCAUUUUUCCACAGAACAUCUGGUACAGACACAUUUACAUGGAUUCUUCUAUAGAAAUGAACUAGAACAGAAAAUUCCUGAUCCGAUCGGAAUGAAAAGAGGUGGUGUAGUCCGUUCCUAUUCCGAAUGAACAGCAAUGUAUAAGGUCAUUCGGAUUGACCGCUGCAUCUUCUCAAGGAAAAGUAGGCAACAGUGGCUAUUCCGAUUAGAAACAAACUAGAAAAGAAAAUUCCUGAUCCGAUCAGAAUUUUAAUCGGAAUGAAAGAGGUGGUGUAGUCCGUUCCUAUUCUGAAUGAACAGCCAUGUAUACGGUCAUUCGGAUUGACUGCUGCAUCUUCUCAAGGAAAAGUAGGCAACAACGGCUAUUCCGAUCAAAUAUUCUAAAGCGUUUGAGAGCACCUGAUGUGAAGAGAACAUAACCCAUGUAAACAGAUGGCAUACAUUUUUCAAUCGGAAUAGUUUCAUCGGAAUGACAAAAAAACUGUCCAUGUAAACAUGCCUACUGUGUUUGCACUUUUUUUUUUUAAAUGUCAGUCAUGUUUAAGGGAAAGGAGAUAGGCUCUUUCAACAAGGGACCACAAACUGAGACUGUACGAAUUUUUUUAUCAAAGACUUUAAAAAAAGAACUGUUAGACUGACUUUACUAUUAAAGUUGCUCAGUAGGUGUUUGUAUGUAGUAUUUUUGUUUAUAAAUGUAUUUAAUCAGACAAAUGGGACAUGAAUCUCAAUUUUCAAACAGUACCUGAAGAUAUUAGGAAAUAACAGCUGUUGUUUUAUAUGUCACACUUUUACAGGAACAAAAAAUCCCAUUAAAUACUUGUCUUCCCCUUGUAACAGGA